AAUUGAAAUGUUUACAUUUGAACAAUGAAUGAAUCACAGCAGAAGUUAAGCGGGGGGCUCUCCCGUUAAACUAAGCUGACAGCAGGAAAUAAAAGCCAGCAGAAAGCACUUGCUAAAAAGUAGGUGAAUAAAAAAAAAGGAGGAAAGAAGGUCAUCCUGUUACAGCUUGAUGUUGGGCAACACUGGUGCAAGAUUCUGAUGUCCCAACAUGUGAAGAGGGCCAAAUAUCACAUCAUGUCGGAAACUGUUGAUGUGAACAUGGAGCCUCUGAGGUGGCCCAUAGCUCCAGAUGGAUACAUCCCUAACUCUGUGAUCCGGAGCUGGGGGAGGAAGGGAAAGGCUCUUACCAUGAAGGGCUAUUCGGAUGAUAUAUGUUAUAGUGUUCAGCACUGCACAACAUAUGAUCAGGAGGAUGUAAGCACAAGAGUGUUCUGGUUGGCAGACGAUGAGGAGGAAGAGGAAGAGGAAAUAAAGACAGAUUAUGUGAAAAGGAGGGGGAAAGAAAAGGAAGAUAAGGGAAAUGAGAAAGGCAAGGUAGAGAGAAAGGAAAUGGCGGAUGAGAAUAAAGAAAGGGAAGGAGACAAAAAGGAUGGGUUUGAACUUCUGAAGCCCACUUACGACAUCCAGACUACAUUGCAGAACCAGCCUCAGAGGCAAGAAGUCAGUUCAACAUACAAUUCAAGAAACACUGUGGAGAACUCCCUACUUACUUGUCAUGACAAUGGACCUAAACAACUGGGAGAGAAACGAGAAGGCAUCAAGCCUCAAGAAACCAUCAAAGCUCCCCACCAAUAUGUUUCUGUGCCUGUCAGAGAGAAACUAUCCAGCUUCAUUUCCAAAGGACCAACAGAAGCCCUGCAGCUUCCAGAAUCUUCCGUGAUGAGUCCUGUGGUGUCUCCAGUUGCUGUCAUCUCAAAGCAAGGACCAACAGGAACCCUGAAGCUUCCAGAACCUUCUGUGAUGAGUCCUAUGGUGUCUGCAAAAAGUGCUGUGGUGUAUCCAGUUGUUGUCAUCUCAAAGCAAGCAUCGAGGAUAACCACAAAACUAACCUACAAAUCACCUACCGAGCCUCAAAACUUGACUCCUUACCCACCUAAGCCUCCCCCACCAUCACCAGAGGAUCCUCUACCACAACCAGACCUUUGGCCUUCUGUAUGUCCACCAAUGAGGGAAUGCUUCCUCCCAUUGGCCAGCAAAUGUAAAAACAUCAGAGACAUAGCACAGGUACGCCUUGAUCGAAAAGUCUUAGAAAUCUACAAGAUGAAAAGGUAUGGCACCAAAAACUUGUCACACCCUGGAAAGUGUUCCACAAAAACAGAACGCUUUCCUGCUUCUAAGGGUGCCUACUCCCAAGUUCAGACUAAUACUGGCGGGCUGCAUCUGAACGGUGGACUGUAUCGCCGUCCUGAUCUUCGGUCUAAGAUCUCCACUAUUCCAACUCAGCCCACAAGUGUUAGCGGUCUUGAAUGGCCGAGCGACCAACUGUUUUCCGAUUUAUCACCACAAUUUGCACAAACUAUCCUUCCCACCAAAGACCAAAAGGGCAACAUUUCCAUGCCUGACUGGAGGAAGAACCUGUACAAAGGUAUUGUUCUCCAAGGUUUCUGUUCUCAACGGGGAGCAAGGUUAGCCGCUAGAGGGCAUCCAGUCAAGUUUUCCAACGCCAGACAACCCGCUGAAACCAUCCCAUCACUGCAGCUUGGCCAGGCAGAAGCACAUCAGAGGGUGGUGCAGGAGGUUCAGAUGAAAGACACCCGAGAGCCUGCCUCCUUUAAGGACCACUUUGUGAUCCCAAUGAACUCCCAGCAGAGCUUCUUCACUUCCAAUCUCAGGGGGAAGACUCAGUACGGAAGGCUGCAGUUUGACUGGAUGAGUGGACAUGAUGAGGAAAAGCUGCUGUGUUUUUGCGGUUAACGAGAAAGACACUGCUCAACUCGUACCAUCCUAACAAUAAAAUAAAAUGUUGCAUCAUGUUUUCUACAUCUUGUAAGUGGAAUUUCAAACUACGGAGAUGGCGCUGCUGGUUUAGUUGGUCCUUCUCUUUGGUCCAGGCUAAAAUCUUACUCAUUGCAUUGAAUUGAUUAGCAUGAAGUUUUGUUUAGUUGGGUAGGGCUGGCUUAGCCGUUUUUUUAUUAUUAUUUUGAAAGUCCGUUGCCCACUGGCUCUGAAUACACAUACAGACAAACCAGGGGUCAAAGUAGGGGUGGGAUGUUGAUCAGUAUUGGCUUAGGAUGGGCGUCAUUACGUGUCUCAACCAAUGAGAGCAGACUGCUGCAGCGCUCACAUGAACCAA